AUGGACCCCGAGGUCAGUUAUUCGCUGCCUUCACCAACAGACACUCCGUAUCGAACACCGUCCAGUUCACAAUCUGUCCGCUCCCGUCGAUACGAAGACAUGUCGCCCUCAUCCACGCCGCCCCCAAUGCCCGAUGAACGAGCCAACAAGAGACGAAGUAAUGAUUCCAUUCACUCGAACCCGGCUCUGGACGAGAACAUAUCUCCUCUCGAUCCGAGACGAUUUACGCCUACGCUCCAUGCCUCCCUGGUCUCCGAGAUCCUGUCGCUACGGCGAGAUCUCGAGAGUCGCACCAAUGACAUUGAAAAGCUAGAAAUCAGCCUCCACGCGGCCCAGACUCAGAAUGAAGUUCUCAAUAACAACCUGUUGCAAGCCAACAAGGAGACGAGGUCAGUCAAGCGGCAGAUGCAAAUGCUCGAAGGAGGUACUCUGUCUGCUCUGAACGACUUGGCCAAAGAACGAGACGAUGCCUUGAGCGAUGUGACCGACCUGCGAAAGCGUCUCGAACAGACCCAAAAGAAGGCCAAAAGCCAAGAGGAAACCGCAGAGAAGACCCAGGCCUUGUGGGAGAAGGACAAGGAGACUUGGCUCUCAGAAAAGCGUGGUCUCGAAACCAAAGUCCAUAUUGCCGAAGGUCGUCUGAAGGUCGUGUUGAGUGAACUCGCCAACGCUCAACAACACCCAGCACCUGCGUCCCCCACAGAGCGGGCACACAGCCGCAACAGCAUAAUGGACAGUCCAAGUAAAGGCUCUAUCGUCGCCCGAAGAGGGCGGAGGCAUAGUGCGACAUCGGUCAACAGCGACACUCACGGAGGGCGAGUCUCGGUCUUGAGUUUCCACAACGGCAUUUCGAUCAACUUGGCUGACGAACUGGCCUUUGAUGAAAUGGAAGAAGACCUCUUAAAUGCACUUGACAACGACGAUGGCCGGCUCUCCCCCGACGCUCUCCCAGAGGAAAACAUUCGACCCGCCUCUAGUCUGUCCAUCAAGGCGAGGAAGGUUUUGGGUCUCCCUGUCGACUUUGAGGACAUGGAGCGGAAUGACACCCCCGAACAUGAUCGUGCGGGAGCUAUUUCAGCGGACGGGAACCGACGUUGGCCAAGCAUCAAAUAUGUAGAUACUGCCAUUCAAUUCUCCCCUCCAUCUUCCCCAUGGCCGGUCGCGGAUCCACGACCAAAGGUCAAUGGCCACCGACCCGCGGAGAUUUCGGUCGGGAAUGCCAGACAAAUUAAUGUCACCCCAAGCCCGGUCAGUCCACAAGACAGUAUUGAUCUCGCUUGGGAAAAACAACGACCUAUCAUGGUGUCAUCGGGUUGCCAGACAGUCGAGGCUCUCCCAAGUCCGCCUCUUACACCUGACAAGCGCGACGCAGGACUGGCCACCAUUCCCGAAAGUGCCCUGGAAAGAGUCGAGACCGCCACCAUUGGAACCCAGACCGAGCCUCCAUUGCCAGUCAUCGACCAUUACAGCCACAAGCACACAGGAAGCGAUGAGACUCUGGAUCUCAAGGUUCCCCUGAUUGCGAUCAUCCCUCCCGCAUCAAGACCUGCCACCCCUGAAACUAAUGUUGUGCUACCACCCCGAACCAAGAACGCAAGUACCCAGGUCGCUAACCACUUGCUGGGAGGAUACAAGUCGUCUUCCAUGCAGACAGAAGAAAUUCGAGUCGAUAUAAGAGCCAUUGUCCCACCCUCCGAAAUGCCACCUGCUCCACUGUCAAGUCAUUAUAGACCACCAAUUUCAUCCAGGGGGGCGUUGCCGCCUCCGAUCCCUCGGAGCAGAGUAUCUCCCGGUACCUCGAUGUUUGCUUCGAGGCGUUCGGCUAUGGCUGGACCGUCCAAGAUACCUCCUGUGAACGACAAUGGACCUCUCACAAGAGAUUUUGCUUCAAAUAUGCCCCGACCCGUGAGAUCAAGUAGUCUCUUUGCCGGAUUCGAUGAUGAGUCCGAAAAUCGGUACGACUAUAUUGAGGAAGACACCUUUGCAGAGGACGAUAUCUUUAGUCGCCCGACUGCGAAAUUUGUUCUCAAAUCUGGAAAAAUGGUCUCCCAGGACCUUCGGUUAGAGGAUGUCAGUGAGAGCGCGGCCGCGUCUGCAGGUGAAGCAGCUGCUCUAGAAAACCUCCGCCUCUCCGAAGACAGCUUACCGCCUGAAAUGAAGGCGAUUCUCUUCCAAUCUCGGAUGAGCCCGCGCAGAGGUUCUCAACGGCAAAAUAUGGGCCUGAAACUGAAGAGAGUCCCAUCCGCCAGAGCCAACAACAUGAGAAGAGCAGCUUUGAUAUCAAGCGGAGCCGCAGCCCAUCAGUCAUCACAUUCCCAAUCCACCACUGGCUCUUUGGAAAGCAACAACCCGCCCCCCUUCCCUGUUCCCCUGCGAUAUAGCUCGGCAAAGGUCGGCAAGUCCAUCAGUGAAGGUGGCAGGAGUUCACCCGGCAGCAGCAACGCGUCGCCGACCAAACGACCAAGGAACAGCAAGUAUGCGAAACCAAUGUUGAGAAAGGCGAGGUCAGGGCCCGCGAUUUCCCCUCACUCGCAAGCCCGAAAAUCACGGAGUCGCUCACCACCUCUAGAACCAAGGGUAUCCAUUGUCCCAGAGAUGCCGAGCUUCCAAAUGCCCACGACAACACCAGCACCCAUUGCUGAGCCGUACGGCAACCCACGGGAAGCAAGCGCACCACGGCCGUCAAUUGCAACCGGGCCUAGUCGACAGCGGAGUCAUACGAAGCAGAAUUCCGACGUUCUGUCAAUGCAGCAGACCUCGGUGGUAGACUCCAUUGCUCAGACCAUGGUCGGAGAAUGGAUGUACAAAUAUGUCAGGAGGCGAAAAUCAUUCGGAGUGACCGAGAAGGCGGAUUGGGAUGCCAAUAAGAGCGUUGAGGAGAUUUCUCAAAGUGUGACGAACAACGGUGUUCGUCAUAAACGAUGGGUUUGGCUUGCGCCGUAUGAGCGUGCAGUGAUGUGGAGCAGUAAGCAGCCAACAUCUGGGACAGCGCUGAUGGGCAAGAGUGGUCGAAAAUUGACGAUCAAGUCCGUGCUCGAUGUCAAAGACGACAACCCGAUGCCGAAGGGGGCAGUAACUGGACCGAAUUUCAACAGGUCCAUCCUUAUCUUGACUCCGCAGCGCGCACUGAAGUUCACAGCAACAUCUCAGGAACGCCAUUACAUUUGGUUGACGGCUUUGUCGUUCUUAUCACACUCUCCUCUCAGCGUCAAUGACCUCACUGCUAUCCCUCCUCCACCACCACUUCCCGAACACGAAGCAUCGUCUGCGCCAGCACCAUCACUUGCUGGAUCGCUUCGCAGACGACCGAUUCGAGACUCAAUCCGACUUACAAAGGGAGCUGCCAAGUCAGCCCCCGGAACGAGGUCUUUCACAACCGACGGAUCCUUACCCGUACAGGACUCGCGACCGCCGACACGAGAUUAUUACGAUCCAUUGACAGACCCUGCUCUACCACCUACAAUCCCCCGUCACUCUCGAAAGCGAAGUAAUACGGCACCUCGGGCGCCCCCCAGCUCUUUCAGGAGCUUCUCUACGAACGGUGUGACCCCGAGUUUACCAGGACCGGGAUCGAAUUAUUCGCAGAGCGUACAUUCCACCGCAGUGUAUUCCUCCGACCGUGGCUUGUAUACGCCCAGCUUGGGGAUGCAAAGCGUGAUCAGCAGUCGGCGAGGUAGCGAAGCAAGUGCUUCAGGAAGACCUCCCCUUCCAACCUUCAUGGAUAACAACCAAACGACGACGAUGAGGAUGGACGCCUUCAUCGAACAUGAACAAGGCACAUCGUCAGGCCGGCCUUCGUUCAAUUUCAUGCGAUCAGGGCAUGGGAAGAGAAAAGAUAUGGGCUACUGGGGCGCUGAACAAGGAAGAGAGAGCAUCAGCCCAGUGGACUCAUUGCUGCACAGCGAGAUGAUGGCAGCAAGCUCCUCAACACGAGGAAGCUAUGAGUCGCGGGAUCCCUGGCGUGGGUUCUGA